AUUAUUUCUCUCCGCAUCAAUUCAUACAUUAUUUCAUUAACACAUCAUAUAUUAUAUAUCUGAAUGUAUAAUUAAUUAUAUCAAAUUAUUUAUACAAUAUAUUACUUAACGACAAUUUUUAAUUUAAUAUUGAUUUUAUCGUAAGCCUUACUCAUCGUACAAAUCCAUUUCUUUAUUUCAUAUUAUAUUUUUCUUUAUAUUUCAUUUUAAUUUUAUUAUAUUAUGAUUUUAUUUUAAUUACCUUUUAUGUUUUAUCUGUUUUAAACAUAUUUUAUCCUUUUAUUAUGGGCUCCGCUAUAUCUAAGCAAAUACAGAAAACUAAAGUAAAUAGAAAACCCGGCGAUUUUUUAAACACCUCAGGCCUUCCUGCAGUCCAUACUGAGACAUUUACCUCUCAUAUCGCUCCUGUUACAAGAAUUCCAGUUUGUCGUUGUUGGAAGUCAGCUAAAUUCCCUCUUUGUGACAACUCACACCAAAAACUAGAGAAACUUGGAGUAGAUUGUGGUCCUGCAAUGUUAGAGAUAAGGAAACGGCUCUAGUAUCUCUGAUUUCUUUAUAAUUUACAAUUAAAAUAUUCAAAUGGGCAUAAUUAAAACUAUUUUUAUAAAAUUUCACUAGUACGGAUCCGUUGCUAAAUCUGGUCUUCUAUAA